CUACUGAAUCGUGACCCACACAGCCAUGGAGAGACUGUACCAACACUUCGACUGAAAGACACCACCAGCCAGCCUUGUACAGUCAGUAUCAUACAUGGUAUUCUAUACAUCGAGCGUGCACAGUUCUCCAAACUGCAUGAUCACGAAAAGGGAACUAUAAAUACCCCACAAACUUGUUGGGUAGCAUGACAAGGCUGUAUGCUUUCACAACAAAACAGGGCGACAGGGAGACCUUGUACAGUCAGUAUCAUACAUGGUAUUCUAUACAUCGAGCGUGCACAGUUCUCCAAACUGCAUGAUCACGAAAAGGGAACUAUAAAUACCCCACAAACUUGUUGGGUAGCAUGACAAGGCUGUAUGCUUUCACAACAAAACAGGGCGACAGGGAGACCUUGUGUCCAACACUGAACUUGCAGCACAACAUGACAGUUUGAUGGUGUUGUGUUUAUACACCAAAACACAAUACUGCUGUGAUAUUGCAUGGUUCUGUACUGACAAGUGUCAAGCGGAGCUGCAAAUCUGGACAGAAUAACAGUGUGGAGACAGACCAUGUCAUGACAAGUUAUUGUACCCUCCUAUUGUACAUGACCAGACCCGAUCUAAUGUAAGAAAUGUGACUGACAUAAGGCGGAUUGCUUUCUCUGAUCCCUGAUCCAGUACCUCUGGCCUACAGCAUCUACAUAGCGUCCUCAUCAUUCCAACCAGGAACCGGAGAAUAAGUUCAUUGUAUUUCUCCACUGGAGCUGAGAUGAGCUGAGAUGAGCUGAGAUGAGCUGAGAUGAACAUGUUGUUUCGUAACCACUUGAUUCUGAAACCAUCGUUUCAUGUUACGUGUACUGGAAACAUUUAUGGCGCAUGUUGUAUGAACUGAGUUUGUAGCAUCUUCCUAGUUUAUCCGAGAUACACAUGACUGGACAGAUUUAAUGACCGACCUCUCUCACAGCCCGGGACAAGAUGACACUCACUGUGUUGGUAACAUUCUGUCUUCUCCUCAUCGUACAGUGUGUGAUGACAACUCUGUACAACACAUCUACAUCAUGCUUCAGUGGUAGUGAAAGGAAUGAACAGAUAACCGCCAGCUGCCAGCUCAACACAACGACUGAGGUUGGGAUCAUUGCUGUUCACAGACAGUUUUUUGGAGUCAAACCAUACAGCAAUAUGUGCCAGAGUACAGACAAUGCCUCUGUGUGCUGCAGCCACAAUGACGCAGACUGUGUCCUGGUCUCUGUCGCUGGACAGCUCCCAGAUGCGACCAUCGCAGGAUGCUCCGGCCAGAGGGAAUGUCUGAUCCAGGCCAAGAAGAAGUUUACUGGCUCUUGUCCCAAGAACAACCUCUUCCCUAGCUUUACUACAUAUGGCCACAUGGAGUACGAGUGUAUCAAUGUGGGACUCCUGACAGACAUGUGCCAUGACGGCAUCAUCAAGAACAACAAGAACCUGUACCUGUCCAGCAACAUCUACCACCUGAACACAGAGCACCAAGACAGGACCUGCUCCUGCACCGCAACCACAACGUGUGGGGAGACUAUAGACGUAGAGGCUGUUGACGUCCGGCUGCACCGAACCGCGAGCUCCUGCACGGAGAACCUCCUCAUCCUGGACAACCGCAACACCACCCACAACAACACCAUCACAUGUUACAACACAAGCCUCAACGGGCUCGUCAGCAUUUUCACCAGCCAAUCAAACAGUCUCACCUUGAACUUGACUAUCAGUGGCAAACAUACAGGAAAAGUCUGGAUAAAAAUAAAAGGGACAUCACCAAACACCACUGUGGCUCUCAAGUGUGGAGCAACUAGCCAAAUCACCACUGACCCCAGCCACCUCUGUCCAGGGGACUUGACAACAACGCCACCAACAACAACAACAACUACUACAACAACAACAACAACAACACCUACAACAACAACAACACCUACAACAACAACAACACCUACAACAACAACAACACCUACAACAACAACAACAACAACACCUACUACAACGACAACUGAGAAGAAGUGUGGGUCUGAAGAGGUCUGUGAGGGGACAGCUGCAACAGUGGCAGCGUUAUCCAUAGGUGCCAUCGCCGGCAUCAUCAUCGCUGGUGUCGUCAUUCUUCUUGUCAUCAUCCUCAUCCUCGUCCUCAUCUUCCGCAGGAGUACACCCCCAGACACUGAUCAGAAUUAUAUGACACCAUAUCACAUACCUGUCUACGAGACGCUGAGGAACUACGUACCACAUGAGAGAGCCACGGUGGCCUACGACAACCAAGUCUACGUACAUGACAAGAUGGAGUCCCCAGACGCCAACCAUGACUAUGAAGAACUACAGGAAAAGAUGGACCCAGGAGCCUGCAGCUAUGACAAUGCUGCUGUGCAAAUCCACCCCCCACAAUAUGACAAUAACGAAUCAGUGAUGGUCAUGCCUAAAGGAGCAGUUGGUUAGUUAUAGCAUUGGAGAACUGACUCAAGGUUUGGUUUGGCUUGGAUUGUUGUUUUAUGCCGCACUCGGCAAUAUUCCAGCUAUAUGACGGCGGUCUGUGAAUAAUCGAGUCUGGACCAGACAAUCCAGUGAUUUACAUCAUGAACAUCGAUCCAUGCAAUUGGGAUCGAUGACAUGCAUCAACCAAGUCAGCGAGCCUGACCACCCGAUCCUGUUAGUCGCCUUUUACGACAAUCAUAGUCGCCUGUUACGGCAAGCAUGGGUUGCUGAAGACCUAUUCUACCCCGGAUCUUCACAGACUCAAGGACUCAUCAUCUCACAUGCUGAUAAUAAUCCGAGUGAACACUUUGAAUGAACAGGAUGCCUUUGUACAAACAACCUUAGUGCUACAACUGCAUGUCUAUGUUAAGGUAUGGGAGCUAUGACCACCUUAGCGCAAAGAUGGAUUUGUACAACAGCACCGUGAUCCUAUAUAUUUCAUUUGCUUUGUAGAUAAACCUUACAGAGCUCGAGAUAAGUUUGCUUAUUUGGGUAUUUUACCCAGAAGUUUGAUUUUGAUUGGGUAUCCACAAUUCUCACAGGAUAUUUAUUUCUUUUUACCCAACUGUUUCUUGACAUUUGUUUUUUUUAACAUGUUUCAUAUCAAAUCCUGUAAAUCAUUUAAAACUAAAUGAAUAGGAGUAUACCCGUCUGCUUCCGGGAAGCCAUUUUUGUUUGCAAAUCCUAGCAUUGCAAGAAAGGCACUAUAUUUUAAAUCACCAAUCACCAAUCAGCGACUGUUUAAGAUAUGUUGACUGGUCACGAUGUUCUUUCCAAAUCGAAUCUAUCUGUUUUCGAGUUUGGUUGUCGCACAAGUCAAUUUUAUUAUCUAACAGUUGUAAUAAAUGCAUUCGUUAUUUCAGAUA